AGCUCAAAGGGUAGUUCAACGUCUACUGAAGGGUGUGAUAUUCUCGAACUUGGACUUAGUCGGCUGCAGAGCUUUGAUCUACAAUGUUAAAGGGUAGCGGGAUGCUUGCAUUUGAGAAAUUUUUUGCACUGAUGGAAGGGAGGUUACCUGGAAAGACGUUCUUGGAAGCUGUCAAAUAUCAGAUGAAAAGAGAAGUUGUCAGGAAGGGUGGACAGCUGGCAGCUAUCGGCUUAGAAUCCCAAGCAGCCUUGAUUGCUGCAAAACAGGUGUUGUUUUGGGUUAUUGGAUCUAAAAGUUGCUUACUCGAUACCUGGGGCUUAGAAGCAUGGUGCAAUUACUUCGCCCAAUUCUAAGCAUUACCUGGUUCUCACGUCUUCAGUUAGGAUCGACUUUUGUGAUUCAUGACCAAUGAAAUCCGGAAUAUCUCGUGCGGGAUGUGAGGAAUCCUUCUGGCAGAUGUUGUGAUUCAAAUGCUUGGAACUGACUAUGCUAGGAUCCUCAGAGCUGUAUAUGCAUUUGCUCGGGUAUAUGGACUACAUGCUAGUGUGCACUGAUUCAAUAGGUUUCAUUAUUUUCAAAAAUCAUUUCAAAUAUGAAUGCACUCCCCCCCCCACCCCCCACCCCCA